AUGUUUCAAUGUACAAAAGAAAAAUAUAUCUUGUUAAAUUUAGUACUAUUAAUGUAUAUAAUUACACAUCAAUUAAUAUUAGCAUAUGAUAGUGAAGAAGAUAACUAUAGAAAUAAAAGAGCUAUAUCAAUAGAUCAAGAUUUUAAAUGGACAUUUCCAAUAAAAUAUUAUGUAAAUGUGGGUGUUAAUCCAACUUAUGUUAUACAAGCAACAAGAUAUAUUACCAGUCAUACAUGUAUUAGAUUUCAAAGAGUUUAUUCAUUAAUAAAUGCAACUGGAUUAAAUUUUGUCUCAGAUCAAGGAUGUUUUGCAUUUGUUGGAAGAGUAGAAAUAAAUACAACUCAAGAGGUAGCAGUUGGAAGAGGUUGUUCUAGUCAAGGAUGGAUACAACAUAUGAUUGGUCAUUCACUUGGAUUACUUCAUGAAGAAACUCGUCCAGACAGAGGAAAAUAUGUUAAAAUUUAUAGAUAUAAUGCAAGACAAAAUAAAUUAAAUGAUUUUCUAAUUGAUAUAAGAAAUAAAGUAAGAACAUACAACUUUAAAUAUGAUUUUGGUGGUUUGAUGCAUAGUAAUAAAACAACAAGAACAAAAAAUGGAAGAAAAACAAUUGAUCCAUAUAAUAAAAAUUUUUAUCAAACAAUUGGACAAAAGGACAAUUUAAGUUUUAAUGAAUUAAAAACUUUAAAUUAUUAUUAUUGUAAUCAUAAAUGUCCACACAAAUUUAAAUGUGAUAAUCGAGGAUAUAUUAAUCCAAAUAAUUGUAAUGUUUGUAAAUGUCCAACUAAUUAUUCUGGUUAUAAAUGUCAAUUAAUAACUUCAUCUUCAAUUGGUUGUCCAAGAGUUUACAUCCGUGCAACAGAACGUCCAAAAAUAAUAAAAAUAAGAGGAAUUAAAAAUUGUUAUCAUCAAAUCAAAACAACAAGAGGUUUUAAAAUAAGAAUGGUAUUAAAAAAUGCUAAUCUUCCAAAAGGUUUAAAUUGUAAACCUAAUAACGGGUUAGAAAUAAAAUUUUUUAAAGAUAAAACAGUUUCAGGAAAUCAUUUUUGUGGUAAAAGAAGAAAUGUUGUUAUAAGAUCAAGAGGGUAUCAUGUUUCCUUUCAUUAUAAAGGAAUCAACAAAAAUCAUUUUAUUGUAUUGGAACAUCGAAGAGUUAGAGGACUAUAA